GCCGCCGCGCCAUGGAUUCUGUCAAGAUCCUUCAACAGAAGGUGAUUCAUCUGCUACUACAGAUGUGGAGCAGAUGAGUUCCUCUUCUCCUGUCCUUCCUAUGAACUCCAUGGGCAAUGAGCGGGUUGAUCAGCGAACCUGCCUUAUCUGUGGAGACAGAGCUACAGGUCUGCACUACGGGAUCAUCUCCUGCGAGGGCUGCAAGGGGUUCUUCAAAAGGAGCAUUUGCAACAAGCGGGUUUACAGAUGCAGCCGGGAGAAGAACUGCGUCAUGUCGCGCAAACAGCGGAACAGAUGCCAGUACUGCCGGCUGCUCAAAUGCCUCCAGAUGGGCAUGAACCGCAAAGCAAUCAGAGAGGAUGGCAUGCCAGGAGGCAGAAACAAAAGUAUUGGACCUGUCCAGAUAUCAGAGGAAGAGAUUGAAAGAAUCAUGUCUGGACAAGAAUUUGAGGGAGAAGCAAACAUGUCAUGGAGCAACAAUGGAGACAGUGACCAUAGUUCUCCUGGAAAUGGAGUUUCUGAGAGCAACCAGCCUUCGCCUGUGUCUACUCCAUCUUCAAGUAGGUCUGUGGAGCUGAAUGGAUUUGCUGCACUCAGGGAUCAGUAUAUUGGGACACCGGUGUCCACGCACUAUCAGUACCUCCCGCACCUUUUUAGCUAUUCUGCUCACUCGGCUCUGAUGCCCCCGCAAACGCGCAGUCUGGACCCCCAGUCGCAUAGUCUGAUCAAUCAGCUGGUGUCAGCUGAGGACUUGGAGCCGCUUGGCACUCCAAUGCUUAUUGAAGACGGGUAUAAAGUGACUCAGGCAGAGCUGUUUGCGUUAUUGUGUCGGCUGGCAGAUGAGUUGCUUUUCAGGCAGAUUGCUUGGAUCAAGAAGCUGCCAUUCUUCUGUGAACUCUCGAUCAAGGACUAUACUUGCCUGCUGAGCUCCACGUGGCAGGAGCUGAUUCUGCUCUCCUCACUGACGGUUUACAGCAAGCAGAUUUUUGGUGACCUUGCUGAUGUAACCUCCAAGUACUCCCCUUCCGACGACGAGCUGCACAGAUUCAGUGAGGAGGGGAUGGAGGUGAUGGAACGGUUGAUCUACCUCUUUCGCAAGUUUAAUCAAUUGAAGGUCAGCAAUGAGGAGUACGCGUGUAUGAAAGCCAUUAACUUCUUAAAUCAAGACAUUAGGGGUCUGACUAAUGCAUCCCAACUGGAACAGUUGAAUAAGCGGUAUUGGUAUGUGUGCCAGGAUUUCACAGAGUACAAAUAUCCACAUCAGCCAAACCGUUUUCCGGAUUUAAUGAUGUGUUUGCCAGAGAUACGAUACAUUGCAGGAAAAAUGGUGAAUGUCCCCUUGGAGCAGCUGCCUCUUCUUUUUAAGGCCGUUCUACAUUCCUGCAAGACAAGUGUGAGCAAAGAGUGAGCCCAAAAUGCCCCAGCCCUGUGCCUUACUCCGGUGCCUCAGGCAGGGAACCGGCUCACGUGGAAAGAAAGGGGGAAAACAUGAUCAAGGCAGUGGGGAAUUGCUGAGACAGGGCAAUGGAUGCCCCUACUGUUGUAGCAAGAAUCUUUUUUGUUUGUUUUUGUUUUUUUUUUUACUCUUUUUCCUAUAUAUUUAUUUCACGACAGAGUUGAAUGUAUGAUCUUCAACACAAUGCACAUGGUUCUGUAGGAAUGCAGCAGAUGCAUUCUCUAGCAGUUUACAGAAUGUGAAGAUGUUUAAUGUUACAGUGUUUGUUAGGGUUAGUUCUUUUAUAUUUUGGGGGCUGGGGACUGAGAUGACUAAGACUACCUCAACGAGAAGAUACUGUUUGCGCACUGCUCUUUCCGUGAUUUGUUUCCAAAAGCAUUUGUCAUAGAGAGCAAACUGCCUCACUUCAUUGAUAGAGCUGUUAGCAUCCCAAAUGGACAAUUUUUGAGAAGUGGAUGUUAGAGAAGUGCCAAGCUUUUUUGCUUUAAGAAAGAAACACAACAAAACAACAAUAACAAAAAAAAAAAAAAAAAAAGAAAAGAAAAGAAAAGAAAAAGGAACGGAGAAGAAGGAAAAGUCUGUCUAGCCAGCUUGUUUCUUUUCCUUUGUCAGUUUUCAGAUGCAGAUGGUAACGCAUGUGGUUCCCUUGAAUUCUGACAUGGAAGAAUUGUAGCAUUGCAAAGCUGAGAAAGGCUCCCAAGCCCUGUUCCCGUCCUGGGGGACGCAGGAGUGUCUCCUGCCCCCAAGCCCAGCCUCACUGGUUGAUCUGCUGUUAUUGCUGCAGAGCCUUUCUAUCAACUGAACAUGUGUUGUUGCCGUUCAGAGCAGGCUCCCAACAGCCCAGCAACAGGGUUCCCUUGUUGGCAGAAACAAAGUGGAUGCAAAUAAUUUCUAAUCACUUCCUUAACAUCCAUUUUAAGUUCACAAAAGCAGGAAAAAACUAAAUAGAGAAGAGGCAGCAUUGCCCCUUUCAGUAUAUUUCCCCCAAGAUGAUACCUGACUGUUGUGGAGAAUUCUGCAUUGCAGCAAUCACUAGCAGCCCAUUUCUGGGAACAGUUAAUUUACCCUGUGGUUAAAUGAAACAUAUGUAACUGCGAUGAGGGACUCUAGUAUCCUCUGUCAUGGCUUUCUCUGCUGGACUCAGGGAAUGCAUGAUUCUCAGUCAUAUUGCACCAGGAUGUAUUACUGCCUAGUGGAAUCCCUUUUUAUCAGGAAAAAAAUGGUAUUAAUACUAUACUUGAUAAACUGUUUCAUCCUAGGUGUUACAAGGCUUGGAUUUUCCACGUAGCAACUCCACACAAUUACACUGCAUGGAGAAAAGGUUUAAUGACUGCUAGGUAGCUGUCUGAGUAAUUGUUCAGCACUGGUGUUUAUCUAAACUCGGGGGUGUUUUCAUGAUCUCCUGCUAGUGGUGGUAGUGGUGAUGGUGUUAGAUGAGACACUGUUUCUCUCAUCUCCUUCAUUAAGAAUUAACUUCCAAAGGCUCAGUCAUUCUUCUAGGCAGCUAUGUUAUCCUGGCUGAUUUUUCUUCCCUGGUCCUUAGUAGUGAAUCUGAUCUUUAUGUAGUGAGUUGGGGGCUAAUCAAGGAAUUUUUGAAUGCUGUUUUUAAACUACUUUGGGAAGCAAGUUCUGUUCCUCCAGGGCAGGAGGAACCAGUUGCUAGCUUUUGUCUUGUCCUGUUAACAGCUGUGUAUGGCAGAGAGUAAGUAUUCCUCAGAAGUACUGAAGCUGCUAUUAGGUCAAAAUGAACGUGACUGGUGGUGAACAGGAGAAAAAUGCCAUUCACCUCAGUCUUUUUUUCUUCCUCCAUGUUACCUACACACCAGAGCAUACUCAUUCGGUAGCAACCCCAAGAGACCUUGCAUCCCACUAGCUUGGCACAUCUCUAGUUAGUCAACAGUUAUUCUAUGUACCAGGUGCUGCCUGCUGCUUUCUGCAGGAGAUCUUGACAGCUCCUUUUAAACUUAACCUGUAAGAACUUGCUGUUGACUAACAACAUAGACCCAAGGCAGCAUUAUGUUCUUUGUAAUUCUGCUUGGGAAUCUUCCAGCUUGAUUGUUUCCCUUUUAGAAAAGUCCACUAGCUGCUCAUUUUUCAUUAUUUAAAUAUGAUGUUACGGGUAACAGCUGCUGGGACCAGCAGCAGUUCAGUUUGAUAUAGCUUCACAAAUCCAAAGUUAGUUCUGUAAAUCUCAUUUACUUUCUGACUGUAAAAUGAGACAAGCACAUAUUUCUCAGGAAAGCCUUCUGCAUACAGUAUAUACCUCAAGUGUAAAUGGGAAGAUUUUAGAAUAUCUGUUUGUAAGUUAGGAAGUAUUUCUCAGCUUUUAACUUUAAUUUUCAAGUAGCUUCAUAUGAUCUUUUUAUUACGGGUUAUCUUCUGGCUUGCUGUUUUCUACACUCAAGGAAAUGUUAACUUGCAUAGGAGUAAUAUUAUUCUACAAUUACUGAAUUAUUAUAAUCUAUUGAUGAGUAAGAGUUUGUUUUAAUUAGUGUACAUAAAAGUGGUCAUCUUAUUGCCAAAUACCCAACAAAAAUCAUCUACAAGUUACUCUGUGUUUAGCCAAAAUAGACUCCCAAGAGUAGUGCUGAACCACCACCACCAACAAAAAGUCUCUAAAUGUAUUUGUGAUGAUGAAUGGACAGGAAUGUUUGACUUCCUAUUGUAUAAACCAAAUUUUAUAAAGGCUGAUUGGCAGCAGAAUCCAUUUACAAAUAACUGAUUUAUUGUAGGGAGUAGAAGAGCUUUGCUAAACUUGCAGGUAAAGUGUGUGUGUGUGUGUGUUUAUAUAUACACACACAUUCCAAACCAGAAUUAACUCAUUGGACAGUCAUUAUUAAUAUCUUCUGCCCCAAGUCCUCUAAUGACUUGUAUUUUUUAAACAGGGUAAAGUGAAUGUGUUGCAUUGCAAACUCAGGUAUUAGGAGAAGGUAGGAAUGUAGAUAGAAAUGUAGAGACAUUAGGUCAGUCACUAGAUGUAUUUGUGAAUUUGGUUUGAAGGACACCCUGGAAAGGUUGGAAUUUUUGUUCCAUUCUUCACAUAACAUUCAGUUUACAGGGACUCAUAUUUUAUUUGUGCUUAAUGCUAGUAGGGGGAAGUUCAUUAUCUUUGGUAUCUAUCUGCUGUUGCUUAUCUGACCUUCUGUCAUAGAGGAAUCAAUCAACAAUAAUAGUCUUUGGUAGAAUUUUCUGCCAUGACAAGUCAAUUUUUAUCCCCGAUUUGAAAGAUAAAUUGGCUGACUGACCCCCUCCUCUCCUUCAUAGUAUUUGUGCAGAUAGAAAGCCGAAGAGUUACUUUUAAUCUGAACAGAGAUUUGGGACAUAAAUUUGAAAUGCUCUGGCUCACAUAUUCAGAGGAACUCUGCCUAGGAAGCUUAUUUGCAAUUUUACAGCCUGAAGCACAUCAUCCAGUGUAGGGAAUAUAACAGAAAUUGUUGCUGCCAGCUAACAGCAAUGGGUCUUAGCUCGAGUGGCGAGACCCCAGGCAUCUGAGCGAAAGCUCUUUGAAAUCAGCUGCUUGCCUCUGGCUUCCUGCCAUUCCAGUGCAUGAACUGAGGCUUAAUUCCAUCACGUGUGUCAGUAGUAAGUUCUUCUCUUUCACGUGUCCCAGCCCCUAGAGAGGGUUGUGGGAUGGUUGGAUGCUGCCAGGAUGCUUAUAGAUGCCAGUUUUCUCUUUAAACUGAUGGGUUUGGGACUUGGCAAAGCCAAUGCAGCAGGAGCUAACUUUACAGCCAAAUGCAACGCACCUUUAUAACAGGGUCCCUUGUCCCCUCUGGCUUCAUUUUUAUCUAUCUUUCUUUUCAUUUUGAACAGCAUGUUGCUCUCCGAUCCCUGGCUGGAGCUAGCUGGCUGGUAGGGGUAUCAUAUUUGAUUAUAUAUAUUGAAAGAGAUGUGUGAUCUUCAUUGCAAGUUUCACAUAUGCAUUUGCUGCUUUCCAAAGGGUAACAAAGCCGGUUGCUGUCAUCCUUCUCUUAUACCUAUUAGCUGAGGGUGCUGCUCAGGGCCCUUGCAGGCUUCGGGUGAGCAGAGUGGAGCUUUGGAUUUUUUUUUAUAUAUCUUAAAUUCUGAGCAUUUCCAGCCUAUAGUCAAAUCACAGUAAAGACUAAAUGGAAAAGGGAAACCGUAGGUUUUCCAAAUGAUCAGUGCAAACAUGUUGGUCAGUGGGGAAGAAAGAAACAUGGAAAACCCUGUUCUAUGAAAACAAGUUGCAGUGGCAGCAGCACAGGAUUUUCUGGAGUGUAGAGGAUUUUUCUUAUUCCCUAGAGAGAGCAGGUUUUCUCCAAGUCUGCUGGCUACUGCUCCAUAAGACCAAUUCUCUAGGAACAACCUUUUUUCGUGGCCUCUUGUAUCGCUUUGAAUGCAAGAAAGCCUGAGUGAUGAGGACUCCUGCUGUGUUCCCAGCUGAUUUCCUUCCAAAUGUGUGCCUCAGUGCCCUUUGGGCCUGGCUCACAGAAAAAUCCAAAACUGAGCUUCACAGAAGGCAGGCUUUAAUUACUCACUUAAAGGAUGGCAAUUGCUGUGGGCCUUGCUUGCUGCCUGCCCUCUGUGCCUGCCCUCACUCUGUUGCAGCACGGCAGAGCCUCUGCCUUGGCGUGGAUAAGGGGCUCUUCAGGCUUUUGCACAGAACAACAACAUGGCCAACUCAGAUUAAUGAUUUUAAGUCUUGUCCUUCAAACCAACAUUUUUUAAAAAACUUGAAUUUCUUUUAUUACUUUUUUAAAACAAAAAAUCUCCUGUGAAUGUGCUAUUUACCACUCAUUCUUUCUUCUUUCUUGGUUUUGAUUUGAAGCUAUGAAGCUUGGUGUCUGUGAAAAUGUUGUUUUUUCUGUAUUUCUCAGGAUAAUAAGCGGCAAUCAUCCCUGCCACAUAAAAGGCAGGAGAAAGGGGGAAACUUGGGGAACUAGUUUAAGUAUGAAGCUAAUUUUUAAGUUGUAGAUGAUGUGUAAAUCAAGGAUAAUACAUAAGACGUCAGUGUCAAGCUGUGGUGUUUCUCUGGGUUCUCAGUGUGUUGUUUACAAUACACAGAAGCUCAGGGAUAAGUAUUUAAAAUGUGACCCAGAGAAACCCUAGUUUUGAUGUUGCAGCAGUUGCUUCUUUCAUGACCUGUUUGGAGAACUGUUUAAAAACUGAAUAACCCCCCUGUAUAGGGAUUUGGGGGGAAAAACCUUCUGAUUUUGCUUGUGGGAAGUUCUUACAUUAAAGGAUUAGAUGGCUAUAUAAAUGGAUUUCAUUCUUAAAAUGCACAUUGCUGUUUUAUGUUGCCAGCCCAUAGGAAGGGGAAUCCUGGGCUCAUUUUGUACUGGUUAUUCUGAGCUAUAAGGUGGGCGUUGCGUCUUCCAGUGUGACUUGCUGGAGAGCCCGAAUGUGCCGAAGGUGGCCACAAAUUGCUGCAAAUGCUGGAACAGGACAGAGGUAGACGAAAUCGAACUAGGACGAUAAAAACGUCCUGCUGGCUGUGCUGCUGCUUCUCUUUGGCUGAAGCCCUUCUCUGCCUCACCCUGCACUGUCCCAUACUAGUUCUUAUGGGUAUUGCUGAAGUGUAAGAUACGAUCGUUUCAGAGAACUGCAUUUCUGCUGAAGGCACGACAGUCCCUAUGACCGGGACAGAUUGAUCUGUGUUUCCAUGCUCAAAGCAGUUUGCAAAUACCUCAUCUUUUUGCCUUGGAUGUUAAAUAUAUUACAUUUAGUGCUUAUAGAGAGGAGAAAAAUUGAUAUUUCUCACCGUGACAGACUCCCUGACAGCAGUCACAAUAUUGCUGUAGUCGAUCUGUCACAUAUGAGUCAGAGAUUUGAAUUUCCAGUCAGUACAACUUCUCAUCAAGGCGGGUAGGAUUGUAGAUUCAUUCAAAUGGUUUGAGAAGUACACUGACAUAUAAAAGUAGUUUGCUUACAACCGCUAAGAGCAUCCAGAAUGGCUGCGUCCAGACUGUGAGCUGGCCGAGCACCGUGUCCGGCACAGGGCGAGCGUGGCACUUGGCGAGAGUUGGCCAAUGUUCACAGGGCUAAAAACGCUUUCUCAGCAGUUUCACAGGCCAGGAUGGCCAGGAUGUGCAAAUGUGAGUUCAGACCAGUACCAUGCAAAGUGCUACUGAGCCCAGUACAGGCAAUAUUUUUCCCUCAAAAAAAAAAAAAAAAAAAAAAGGUGAGAGACUGUGCAGUUGACCUUUAACAAGUCUAUGUAAGAAGCAACAUGGUUCAGUGGAAGAAAUGCCCCCAAGGGCAAAAAGAAACAAAAAUUGAAACCAGAUGACGAUCAACCUUAACAAAGCCUUUUGUGAUUCAUUGUUUUCUUUCAAUUUAUAAAAUGUCUUGUAAUAGUUGAUAACAUUAUUGACUCAAUUUCCAUAACAAAACUACCUCGUGUGACAUCCUGUUUAUCAUCUCAAAGGGAUUGUGUGAAAAAACAGAAUACUGCUAGUGUUCAGUGCCAGUGAAAAACACUGUGUGAAGGUCUUGCAUUUUGUUUCUGUUGCUGUGAGGUGUGGCUGGGUUGCUGCAGAAGUGUUUCAAUGUGCAGGUGACAUUUUGGACUCUGUGUCCAACCUGGACCACCAGCUGCUGCAGGAGAGGCUCCUCAGCUGAGCAUGCCAUGAAGGAGCUCCCACAGCAAUGUUCCACCAACCAGUGGCACCCCAGUGGCUACCAUGGUCAUGAGCCACUGUUGGCCUGAUGGCCGGGGCUGUGUGUGCCCACGUAGCAGAGAGCCAGGAUUGGGGAUCCAGCAGGAGCUCCUGGACCUCUCUGCUGUGGCUGUGCUUGGAAGGGCCUGGCAGGACUGAGCUCAAGCAUUGCCCUCCAGGCAUGGAUGGCAUGCACCUCCAGGCGUGGACCGCAUGGUGCAGGUGCAGCUUUCUGCUUUUUCACUGGUGCCCCUCAAACACAGACCAGGUCCCAGCUCUGCACUUUGGCAGAUGUGGUGCAGAAGCUGUGUUUACAGCCCAGGAUUUCCACAGUCCUUGUGCGUGUACCCUAGGUCUAGCCAUGCUUUACAGCCCAAGGGGAACACUGGUCCAGUAUACUCCCUUGUGUUUAUAUAGGUUCAUUGCUGGUUUAUGGGACAUCUCCAAAAUUGGCUUGUGCCCAGUCUUGGGUCCUUCAGCAGAUGUUCCACUUGAUGUUUUCUCUCUGUAAAACAUUUCGUUUUUCCCAUGAUCCCUUGAUUAAAUCAGGGAAGCAGGAUGUUGCCUCAGCAUAACAAACAGUGAACGUUUAGCUAUUACGUUUACCGUGUUGGAGCGGGAGCCUGGACGGGUUAGCUUGGGCAGUGGCUGCUGCUCUUCUUCCAUCUGUCCUGGCUGCAGCUUGCGGCAGAGGCAGCUGGUCACGCUGGACAUCUUGGGAGCUGCUGCAAUGCUGUGACCACAUGAAUGUUCCCGUGUGCGGCUGCAGGAGCCGGGGCGGCCCCGGGUCCUGCCUGGCCUGUCUCUGCUCUGCUGCUCUGCUCUGCGACUUGACUACCUGUGGAAAUGUGACCAAUAAGUGUUGAACGCAUGUUUAGCGAGUGUUAGCUAUAUGAACUAAUAAAUGUGAAUUGUUCUGCA